AUGGACGGAGUUCCCGGACUCAAAGGCGACGACGUCCCUACGUCACCUCCCCCAAGGACCCUGCCAAGCUAUCAAUAUCGACCAAUCACGAUCAAUAACCAUAUUCGGGUCUUCACCUUGGACGCCGGAGUUCCAGGUGACCCAUUGAGAGGAACGUUGCAAACAGUCCAAAUAGACUCUCUCAACAACCACGAGGUAAUAUCAUACGUCUGGGCAGAGCCUGGACCACCGAACUGCGAAUGGGAGAUUCUUAUGCUCGAUGAUGAUGAUACUGAGUACCCCUUGAAAUUGAAAACGGGUGGCAUUUUUGCAGCACUACAAAGGCUCCGGCUUCCAAGAAAGAAACGUCGUAUCUGGGCCGAUCAAAUUUGCGUCAACCAAGAUGAUUUGGAUGAAAGAAGCAAGCAGGUACGAUUCAUGAACAUAAUCUACAAAAAAGCAGAUCGUGUUCUUGUCUGGCUCGGGCUAGACGAGAAAAGAGAAGCAGGAUUAGCCUUCGACUUGAUUCAUAGGCUACAUGGGAUAUUCCAGAGCAUAGUUUCGAAUGACAAGUCUCAUGUAGGACUUGUCAAAGACUUGGAACAAGAAGUAGGGGAAAAUCAUAGGAGACUACACCAUAUCACAGGGCGCAAAUGGUUCACACGAGGUUGGGUUGUGCAGGAGAUUGGAACUCAGGCACCAGCGACGUUGUUCUGGGGGGACGAAGAAAUCGACUGGGGGAUGCUAUACGGCGUGUGCGAGAGACUCGCAGGAUACCAUCAUCUUCGCAAAGCGUAUGAUAUAAGAACAUCGACCAUCAAGUUCUUCUUCCAGCGUUUCAUUGAGCCAGACAAGAAUAGCUAUCACGCGAACCGGUUCAACUUCAUCUAUGAGCUUCAUCGAGCUCGUACUCUCCAUUUCACAGAUGACAGAGAUCGCAUCUUUGCAUUCCUCGGCCAUUACUCACUCCAGCCGACUUACUGCACGAAUCAUGAACUUGUGUCGCUUAAGGCCGAUUAUGAAAUAAGUGUAGAACAGGUGUAUAAAGACAUUGCGAGGCGAGCAUUGCAAGGAAGCGAAGGAGAUUCCGCUUUGAUCUCUUUAGCAGCCGUACAGCACACAAGCAAGAGCCUUCCUUCCAACCAAGAGACCAAAGAUCAAAUAUUUUCCCAGCAGACAUGGCUAUCAGACGUAUCCAAACUACCAUCGUGGGUGCCGGACUGGAGAAACUACCAAGGAUUCAUCUUGUCGGAACCGAUAAACCCCCAUCGAGCGCAUGGUGUCUCGGUACCGAAACUGGAGAUAAGCGGCGACACUGCCGUUCUUCAGAUCCAUGGUUUAGAAGUUGACGAGAUCGAAGCGUGCUCUAGGGUUCUAGUGAACAAAGAAGUUUAUCGCAUCAAAGGGAAUGGAGAUCAAGAUACAGUCGUCGAAUAUCUUUGGCGCGAGAUCUGCGGAAAGGGUCGUUUUGACCUAGAUGAUCCAUACUUGAACGGAGAUGAAGCAUUUUUCGCAUUCAUGCAGACAUUAAGCAAUGGCUGCGUGCAAGCUGCAGGAAGAGAAGGGAAAAUGUACCUUGAUAUUGAUGACUCUGUAUGGCUUAAACAAGCAGCGACAUACCUCGUCAAUACUCUCGGAGAGUCAGACAUGAUCUCGUUGAGGUUGAGAUCCUUAGGGAGACGAGAUCAAUUGAACGGCGUGGAGGAGGAAUGGAGUCGUAUGGCGAAUGGCGCUUCGAAGAAUCGUAAGUUUGCUCGUACCAGCAAAGGAUACUACGUUCUUGGACCAGCAGUCAUGGAAAAGGGUGAUCUUGUCUGCGUUUUGUUCGGCGGGAAAAUGCCGUUCUGUAUACGGCCUUUCGGGGAGCAACGUUAUCUGCUUGUUGGAGAAUGCUAUGUCCAUGGGUUGAUGAAGGGAGAGGCCAUGGAUAUGGCGAGUGAUGGGAAACUGUUUGAGAGGACGUUUGAGCUAUUUUAAUAGUUAAGUAUGAGCUAUAUAGGUACAUUACGAGGUGCAAGCUGAUUGUGCUAUUGUGCUAUUGCAAGUAGAGAACAGUACCGUGACGGAGGGUGUCGGAAAACAUCGAUGAGAAGAAUAAACGACCUCGGGAGUGUCUAAUGCCGGAGAACACCGGCUGCAACAUGGCUGAAUGUUACCUUUAGGUGAUCAAUAUG